UCAUACCGCCGGCUCGAAAAGUCUUCUUCCUUCCCAGUCUUCCAAAGGAGAAUACAAUGUCACUUACAACAUGGACGACACGAAGGUCUCUGCAGAGGAAGACGAACGAAUGAAUGAACAACCUCCAAAAAUAGUCGUUGCAAUAUCGGACUUCGCUGCUGGAGACGAGACUCAGUUAACUUUCAGCGAGGGUGACGAAUUAGUGAUUCUAAGCGAGGCAUCUAGUGAGUGGUGGUGGGGUGAACUGGAUGGGCUAUGUGGAUACAUUCCAGCGUCUUAUGUGGUAAGCGAGACGGAUUAUGCCUCGCAUCACAAAGAAAAUCAUGAAUGGCAAGACGAAGAAUACUUUGGCAACUACGGCAAAUUAAAACUCCAUUUGGAAAUGCUAAAUGACAAAUCGCGAACUCUCGCUUAUCGGAAAGCAAUUAACAGCCAUCUCGACGUUUUCGCUGGAAAAACUAUUCUAGAUGUGGGAUGUGGUACCGGGAUUUUAAGCUUGUUUUGUGCCAGAGAUACACACGCAAACAAAGUUUAUGCCGUGGAUGGAAGCAUGGAUAUCGGAAGUGUCACCACGGAUCUGAUAAAAACAAAUGAUUUGCAUGGAAAAAUUUCUGUUAUUAUUGGAAAAAUAGAAGACAUAGAGCUACCGGAGAAAGUUGACGUUAUUUUGUCAGAGUGGAUGGGGACCUUUUUGCUUUUUGAAUUUAUGAUUGACUCGGUUCUCUUUGCAAGAGAUAAAUGGCUGAAGCCUAGUGGUGUUAUAUGGCCGUCAAAUGCACAGCUGUUCAUUGCACCUUGCUCUGCCAAAAAAAUUUAUGAAGAGAAGGUUACUGUGUGGAAAAAUCAAUAUGGAUUUGAUUUCUCGCCUGUCGUGAACAAAGCCAAGACUGAAUUCCUUGACAGACCAGUGCAUAAUUAUGAACUUGAUCCAGGAGAUUGUCUGUCACAAAGUGCAGUUCUUCUGGAUAUCGAUAUGUCAACUUUUUCAAGGGAAAAUCUUGAAUUUAUGUCAGAAAUGUUUGAAUUUCUGAUAAUAAAAGAAGGAACACUUCAUGGGCUGUGUGCAUGGUUCAGGGUGACGUUUGGAGGAGUGCCUGUUGCAGAUACAGCAGAAUAUGUGACUCUAUCAACAGCACCUGAUCAAGAGCAAACUCAUUGGAAACAAAACCUGUUUUUGCUGGAUGAACCGGUGACUGUCCACACUGGAAACUUUAUCAGAGGAGCUGCAAAUAUAAGGAGAAAUCCGAAAUACAGGAGGCAUCUAAGAGUGACUUUUGAAUUGAAUAUAUUUGCUAGCAAAUCCAAUGAUGGCAAAAUUAUUAACAGCAUCAAAAAAAAGUUUUAUAUUUGGAGAUAGCAGGAGAGAAUCAAAGUUGCCCUGAGCCACUAAACUUGGAAAUGGAUGGUCUGUUUACAGUGGCAAGACUGUGGUUUUAAUCUGCAGGUAAUGGGGACUUUAAGUACCAAAUACAUAGAAUGCCAAGAACAUUGGACCAGAAGCGAGAGAGACACACAUGCCAUACAUACAUACAUACAGUGGAACCCCACCUUACAGUCACCUUGUUAGUAUGGUCAUCUCAAUAACACCACCACUUUAUUUUGUCCCAACAAAUGCCCAUACCUUUUCUUACAAGAAAGCCCCGUUAAUGCAGCUACCCUGUUAAUACGGCCAACGGCCACAUUCUGAAAUCCUAACCUGUAUAAUCCUUAAUAAUUUUACCCCAACUCAAACUAGUUCUUUUCAUUUUUCUAUUGUUAAUAUUUUAUACACUGAUUCAAGUUUCAAUUUGUUAAAAUUAUAUCUGCACUUUGGAUGCUUAGUAAAGAAGAGUUGUCUAGAAGUGCAACUGCAAUCAUGUGUGAUGUAUCUGUUAAGAGAUCACUCAAUUUAGACCAGUCAUGAGGUUUGACCCUACCCUGUUAAUUCAGCCACUCCAUUAAUACGGCCAAAUUUUCUUGGUCUGUUGUUGACAGUAUUAACGGGGUUCCACCAUACUUUUAUUAAUGCUCAAUAAUCUAGAGCUUGUUAGUUUCCUACUUUAAAUAGCUAAUGUGUCGAGUUUAAAAUUAAAUGUUUGCAUGACAGAUUAAAAGAAUAAAAUUCAAUUAAGAGAAAAUAAACAUUGAUGUACUGUAAUGAUUUGAUUUAGUACCCGGGCACUUGUUUACUAUUGGUACCUCAAGGGUGGGUGCUUAUUUAGGACAGGGCACUUAUUUCUUUCUGAGAAACAGCCGGAUGUUCAAAACAAAACUUGACGCAAGAGAUCAUUUUUUUGAAGGCAUUAUGCAUUCACAUAGACGUAAUAGUUGGGAAACUCAGACGAAGACCAUUGUUUUUGUGAUGCGGCAUUAUUAAAAAAGAUGAGCCUCCGCUGAUACAUACUUCAUACUUUGAGAAGCCAGCCUCCCAGGACAUAGAUCAGGCAGUUUUUACGUAGCUGUAAAACAUAAAAAGCCCUUCUUUGGAUAACCACCCCCAAAACACUCAUGGAGAUUAGAUGAUUCCGGAAAAUUACCCAUAAAAUUACCUAUACCAUGGGCAGCUUUUUGGAAUUGCAAGUGCAAGGGGACUUUUCUAGAGUGGACUGACAAGAGUGUAGUAGUGGUGGUGGUGUAGUAGUAGUGGUUGUUUUCUUAAGUUCGACAUAUCCAUGGUAACAGGAAACCCCGCCCCUUUAACAGCUGGGGAAUGAUAUCAUUAACCUCAUAACAGGAUCAUGAGAGCUCUAUUGGCACUCAUAUCAUAAACUACUGCUUAUAAGCCCACCUUCCCCGAUUAUAGGCCCACCUACCUGCAAACCAAAAAUACGUCCAGUCAAACCCCCCCUCCCCCACCCCCCAGAUAUAAGCCCUCCUCUAACUUUCCUUCGUUUGAUUUGGUUUGGUUUUCUUAUGGCGUUUCAUACAGUAACCCGCAGUAAAUGAAAUACCUC